AUGCGGAAAGGAGCCGCUGGCUCCCGCCGGGCCCGGGCCGCGGGUUCGGGCACCGGUCCCGGCCCGGUGGCGGUGGCGGUGCCAGUCCCGGUGGUGGGUCCCGGGGUCUGCCCGCGGUCCCGCCACUGCCCCCGGCCGCUGCUGCCUCUCCUGGCGCUGGCCGCUGCCGCCGCUCUCCUCUACGUCGCCUGGCCCGGCGGGGAACGGGGCACCGGCCCGCCUCCCCCUGGCCCCCCCUCAGAGCCGGCUCUACGGGCGCUGCUGGGGCAGCUGGAUCCCACCCGCCUGUGGGACACCUUCCUGUGGCCCCUCCUGCGGGAACGGGUGCCGGGGGGGCCCGGGAGCCGUGCCGCCCGCCAGCACAUCAUGGGGUGCUUGGGCGCCCUGGGGGCCGCCUGGCACCUGGAGCUCGAUGCCUUCAAAGCGGCGACUCCCCGGGGACCAGUGACCUUCACCAACGUGGUGGCCACAGUGGCCCCCACCGCCCCCCGCCGCCUGGUCCUCGCCUGUCACUACGACACCAAGGUCUUGCCCCCUGGUCCCGGCCAGCGGCUCUUUUUGGGGGCCACUGAUUCGGCUGUGCCCUGUGCCAUCCUCCUGGAGCUGGCAGCUGCCCUUGACCGGCCCCUGCAGCGCGCCAAGGACAGGGGCGCGGAGGUGACGCUACAGCUGCUGUUCCUGGACGGGGAGGAGGCCUUCGGGGACUGGAGCGUCACCGACUCCCUCUACGGCGCCCGGCACCUGGCGGCGCGUAUGGCCACCAUCCCCCACGGGCCCCACGGCACCCAGAUCACCACCAUGAGCCUGCUGGUGCUGCUGGACCUGCUGGGCGCCCGCCACCCUGCUAUCCACAGCCACUUCCCCCGCACUCACCAUUGGUUUCUGCGCCUCGUCGCCAUCGAGCAGCGGCUGCGGCAGCUGGGGCUGCUGCACACCUCACCCCAGGACCAGCCCUUCUUCCGCCUCAGCCCUGCACCGGGACCCGUCGAGGACGACCACAUCCCCUUCCUCCAGCGAGGUGUCCCUGUGCUGCACCUUAUCCCCACACCCUUCCCACGCGUGUGGCACACCCUCGAGGACACCGCGGACAACCUGCACCCCCCCACCAUGGAGGACCUGUGCAAGAUCCUGGUUGCCUUCGUGGCCGAGUUCCUGCAGCUCUGAGCCCCGCUGUCACCCCCGGCCUGAGGCCCCCGGGGACUCUGGGCAGCCCUGGGAGCCACCAGUAAAGUGCUUGGUGACCGA